CUUUUUAGUUUACACUUCACAGUUAUACUUUUCUUAGCUUUAUAGCUUUACGAUAGUUUGCCAAUCCUUCUUACAUAUAAAAGUGAAUUUGCUUAAAGUAUCAUUAAAAAUAAUUAUUUAACUUUCGAAGAUUUUGUUUAAAAUACUUAAUAAUCAAUAAACAUUUAGGUACCUACCUAGUUGACUUAAAAAAAAAAUAUAUUAUACAUCAUUUAUUUCGUAUUGUGUUAAGUAAUAAUAUUUUAAUUUAAUUUGUGCUGUCUAAUAUUUUUGAAAUGGAUGAAACUGAAGUAAAAGAAUAUCGCUGGGAAGGCGGUUAUGAAAAAACAUGGGAGGAAGUCAAAGAAGAUGAGGGAGGAAAUGUCGAAUGGUCGGUUAAAGAGAUUAUUGAAAAAUCUAAGCGGUUACUGGCAACUCGGCAGCCUAAUGUCCGCCUGGGCAUGAUGCGACAUUUGUUUGUUAUUGUAGACAGUUCCAAUUCAAUGGUUGAAAAGGAUUUAAAACCUACUAGACAAUUGUGUACUUACAAAUUGCUUCAGGAUUUCAUUCAAGAUUAUUUUGAUCAAAACCCAAUUAGUCAACUUGGUCUGAUAACUACAAGAAAUUCAUCUGCAGAGCGUAUAUCUGAAUUGUCUGGCAAUAGAAAAUAUCAUCUUGAAGAAUUGAAAAAAACUUUUGGAGAUUUUAAUUAUUGCAAUGGAUUGAUGUCUGUGCAAAACUCUUUAGAAAUUGCAUUAUCAGUUAUGAAAAUGUUGCCUUCCCAUACUAGUAAAGAAAUACUUAUUAUUGGAUCUAGUUUGAGCUCAUGCGACCCAGGAGAAAUAAAUACAUCUAUAGAAAUGCUUAAAACCCAUAAUAUUAGAGUUUCAAUGAUACACUUGGCUGCUGAAGUACGGAUGUUUCGACAUUUGUGUAAUGAAACUAAAGGCAAACAUAAUGUAAUUGUAGAUGAUGUACAUUUUAAGCACAUUCUUUGGUCGUUAGUGGAACCUGUUCCUUUACCAAAUUCAGUUGACGCAUCAUGUGUGAAAAUGGGUUUUCCUCAAGAGUUAGAACAAAAACCACCAUUCACCACUUGCUCCUGUCAUUUAGCAGAGGGUGGCAAAUUAAAUGCAAAAGGUUUCUUUUGCCCACAAUGUAACAGCAAGUAUUGUGAAUUACCUGUGGAGUGCAAGUGCUGUGGCCUCAUACUCGUGUCUUCUUUACAUCUUGCUAGAUCAUUACAUCAUUUGGUUCCUAUUAAGCCAUUUAUAAAAAUUGAGCUUGAAGAAGGUUCUAGUGCCUACUGCUAUGGAUGCAGAAAGAGAAUAAAGGUCCCUGCUGAAAAUGUAUACUUUUGUGAAUCUUGUAAAAAACAUUACUGUGACGGCUGUGACAUUUAUGUGCAUAAUACAUUACAUGUGUGUCCAGGCUGUGCUGUUAAACGAGAUGAAAAAAGAUAAUAUAUAAAACAAUUGUAUGUUUAAACA